AUGGCUGCAGCUCAGCAGGUUCCGCAGGGUCCUCAGAUUCAUGUGCAGCAGGGUCCGCAGAUUCAUAUGCAGCAGGUUCCGCCAGUUCAGGUUCAGCAUGAUCAUCAGGUUCCAGCUCAGCAGGCCCCAGCGCCACAGUAUCCGCAGGUUCCUAUUCAGCCAGUUCCAGGGGUCUUCCAGGUUCCACCACCGCCGCCUGCUUUUCCAAUGAAGUAUGUGAAACUUGGAGCAUUUCAGUGGUACCACAGACCCUACACUUGCUCACGAUUGGAGGCACAGUUGGAUAAGUGUUUGAACACUAUCUCAUGCCCACCAAGGCACAAGCUAGGAUUGCUGAGUUGUAUUUGCGCGGAGAUGCAGCAGUGUGGUGGGAUGGAGUGCGAGUGA